AAUAAGCAGAUCAUUGUACUGGGCCUGGAUGGAGCAGGAAAAACCAGUAUCCUUCACUCUCUAGCUUCAAACAAAGUCCAGCACAGUGUGGCGCCCACCAAAGGUUUCAAUGAAGUGUGCAUCAACACUGAAGACCACCGGAUGGAGUUCCUGGAGAUUGGGGGCAGUGAGCCUUUCCGUUCUUCCUGGGAAACAUACGUGUCCAAGGGAUUGCUGCUAAUCUUCGUAGUAGAUUCUGCAGAUCACAGCCGAUUACCUGAAGCCAAAAAGCACCUUCAUCAGCUGAUCGAAGCAAACCCGAGCCUUCCUCUGGUCGUGUUAGCAAACAAACAGGAUCUUGAAACGUCAUAUCACAUCACGGAUAUCCAUGAUGCAUUGGCGUUAUCUGAGGUGGGAAACGAGAGGAAGAUGUUCUUGUUUGGAACCCAAGUAACUGAGAAUGGCUCAGAAUUACCCUCCAUCAUGCAGGAUGUCAAGGACUUGAUCGCACACCUGGCUGCGGAUGUGCAAUGACCAUGAUCCAGCC